AAUGUUGAACACUUCCUGUAUAGUGUAGUGGAUUAUUUAUCCACUUUGAAAACCUCCUUACUAUUAAUUUCAACGCAUUUUAACUUUUUUUUUUUUAGUUUAAAGACAAAAUGGAUACAGGUCAAUCCACAGAAAAUCAUUCAAGUAUUACUAAAACUCACAGUUCGACACCAAAGGGGAAUGAGUUGAGAAAAGAAGUCCAAGGACGAACACCUUGCUCCAAGUUCAAGAAAGUCCACUCAAAUUUUAAAUCACCACUUCAAGUACCACGGAGUGCAAAAGUGAGCCCUGAAGAGGAGGUGUCCGAGCUGCAGAGGAGAAGGGAGCAGCUGGACUCUGAGAUAGCCCUGCUGGAGGCUGAAGGGUGCAAUGUUGAAGAGCUGGAGCAACAUAUAGACAAGCUGCAUGAAUACAACGAUAUCAAAGACACUGGACAGUUGCUUCUCGGUCGCAUAGCUGCUUUGAGGGGAACUACCACUCGGGACCUCUACACUCACUUUGGCCUGGAUUUAGAUGACUGACAAAAGUGGAUUCACUUUUGUCAUUCUAUGGAUUGAGACCAUGAAUGUAUUAUAUGUACUGUAUGUCUUAUACAUUUUACAUGUUUUGUUAUUGAAAAUGUUUAGUUUGACCUAACAGUGUUAUCGAGCCAACACCAGCUAAUGUGGAAUUUUACACUACAUAUCAUGUUCAUGUUGACUCAAUAGUUCAAUGUUUACAAAUGUUUGUUUUAUUAAAUGUCCUGUUCUCUAAUUGUUAUGGAUUAUAUAUCUAUGUCUAUUUAUUAUGUCAGUAUAGCAAAGGGUCAGGUCAGUUUGUGUCGCCAAAACAAGUGAAUCAUUAAAAGUAUGUAAAACAACUGUAAAA